AGCCAGACUGAGUGGGUGGGGAGAGCUCUUGCGUCCUGAGAGCCCGGCUUUGUCAGGGCGGGGCUCCGGACUCCUCGUGCUCGUGUCACCGUGUCCUUCCCAGGAGACAGAGGCGGGGGGGGAGGGAAAGCCCUGCGCUGGGUCCGGAGCGGCGGGCGGGGCCGAGCUGAGGGAAGCCGCUCCGGGUGCCCCCACCCCCGCGCGCCUCAGUGGUGCCUGCCGAGGGAAGGACUCGCUGCUGCGGGGCUCGUGCCGCUGUCAGUGCGGCGGGGCGCGCGAGCUGUGCGGGCGCAGGGUAGCCGAGCCUAGAGAAACUGAGGGGGUGGUGGUGGUGGUAGCGGCAGCGACUCCCGCGCGUGUGCUCAGCCUCCUCACGCCGCGGCCGAGGCCACCGCCGCCUUCCUUCCUCCCUCCCUCCUUUCCGCCCCCGAGUGCGACGGCACCGCCUCCUUCCGUGCCGCGCGGCUUCCUCCAGACCGCUUGGUGCCGGUGAGCUCUGUUCCCAGAGGCAGCUCAUACUGACACUGUAACACAAAAGAGGAAAUAGCUGACUAAGCUCAGCCUUGGUACUGGUGGCCACCAUGUCCUUGAAGAUACAGACAAGCAAUGUAACCAACAAGAAUGACCCCAAGUCCAUCAAUUCUCGGGUCUUCAUUGGAAACCUCAACACAGCUGUGGUAAAGAAGUCAGAUGUGGAGACCAUCUUCUCCAAGUAUGGCCGUGUGGCUGGCUGUUCUGUGCACAAGGGCUAUGCCUUUGUCCAGUAUGCCAACGAGCGCCAUGCCCGGGCAGCUGUGCUGGGAGAGAAUGGGCGAGUGCUGGCUGGGCAGACCCUGGACAUCAACAUGGCUGGAGAGCCCAAGCCCAACAGACCCAAGGGGCUAAAGAGAGCAGCAUCUGCCAUAUACAGUGGCUACAGCUUUGACUAUGAUUACUACCGGGACGACUUCUACGACAGGCUCUUCGACUAUCGGGGCCGCCUGUCACCGGUGCCAGUGCCCAGGGCAGUCCCUGUGAAGCGACCCCGGGUUACAGUCCCUUUGGUUCGGCGUGUCAAAACUACCAUACCGGUCAAGCUCUUUGCCCGCUCCACUGCCAUCACCACUGGCUCAGCCAAGAUCAAGUUAAAGAGCAGUGAGCUGCAGACCAUCAAGACAGAGCUGACACAGAUCAAGUCCAACAUCGACGCCCUGCUGGGCCGCUUGGAACAGAUUGCUGAGGAGCAAAAGGCCAACCCAGAUGGCAAGAAGAAGAGUGAUAGUGGCAGUGGCGGUGGUGGUGGCAGUGGCAGUAGUGGCAGUAGCAGCCGGCCACCGGCCCCACAAGAGGACACAGCCUCUGAGGCAGGCACACCCCAGGGAGAAGCUCAGGCUCGAGAUGACGGCGACGAGGAGGGGCUGCUGACACACAGCGAGGAGGAGCUGGAGCACAGCCAGGACACAGACGUGGAGGAUGGGGCCUUGCAGUAAGCAGCCUUACAGGAGCAGUGGCCACCAGCAGGAGAGGGGCAUCACUGUCCCAGGCCUCAAGCCGGGCACCCACCCUUGGAUGCCACUCCUCAGCGGGUACCAGAGGAGAGCUGGCAGCAGGCACCUUUUUCCCCUGUGCAUCGCAGCCAGUGCCACAUCCUCUGCAGGUGGAGUUACCGGCCUCCCCCUUCCCUGUGCACCCUCCCUGUCUGCACUGCCCCGGCCAGAGGGCAGAGCACAGGGGUUUCCUCACACUCUGCCUUCCCUCCCCAGGACACUCCCAGGCUUGGGGUUUUUCUAUAGGUUUGGAGGGGGGGCCACAGGGAGGGGGGACCUUGACAAUAAAGAGAUUGGAUCCCAA